UUUCCAACGCACCUUAUGUUCCGCCGCUGAAAUAUGACGUCUUAUUAAACGUCAUCAGGCCGAGACAUCAGUCAACCAAACGAUUGAAAAGGCGCCGGGACAAUGCUUUUCUACUCGUUCUUCAAGUCGUUGGUGGGGAAGGAUGUGGUGGUGGAGCUGAAGAAUGACCUCAGCAUCUGUGGGACCCUCCACUCCGUCGACCAGUACCUGAACAUCAAGCUGACAGAUAUCAGUGUCACGGACCCAGAGAAGUACCCCCACAUGCUGUCGGUGAAGAACUGCUUCAUCCGCGGCUCGGUGGUGCGCUACGUCCAGCUGCCCGCCGACGAGGUGGACACGCAGCUGCUGCAGGACGCGGCCCGCAAGGAGGCCAUGCAGCAGAAACAGUGAUGGCUCCUGGCCGUCGCCACGGCGACGGGGAGGAGGAGGAGGAGGAGGAGGAGGAGGAGGAGGAGGAGGAGCGUUGGGUUGUCGUGGUCGCAGGCGGCGGUCGGACCGCUCCACUCUGGAGGGGGAGAGGGGUCGGACCGCUCCACUCUGGAGGGGGAGAGGGGUCGGACCGCUCCACUCUGGAGGGGGAGAGGGGUCGGACCGCUCCACUCUGGAGGGGGAGAGGGGUCGGACCGCUCCACUCUGGAGGGGGAGAGGGGUCGGACCGCUCCACUCUGGAGGGGGAGAGGGGUCGGACCGCUCCACUCUGGAGGGGGAGAGGGGUCGGACCGCUCCACUCUGGAGGGGGAGAGGGGUCGGACCGCUCCACUCUGGAGGGGGAGAGGGGUCGGACCGCUCCACUCUGGAAGGGGAGAGGGGUCGGACCGCUCCACUCUGGAGGGGGAGAGGGGUCGGACCGCUCCACUCUGGAGGGGGAGAGGGGUCGGACCGCUCCACUCUGGAGGGGGAGAGGGGUGUCUACCGGUAUGGGGAGGGUGUUCUCGGACCAGCGCUUGUGUUUCAUUUCCUUUUUUUAUUCGUACAGAGCUUGGCUAGGGUGAGGAGGACGUGUUGGGUUUAAGAUGGUUGAUUCCACGUUAUCUUGUCCCUUUUCAGGAACGACAACUUUUAGUUUGUGCAGCCAAUGACUGGCCAGUUGUUACUUUUGAAAGAUUUGGUUUACAUUUGCCAUUUAGAAAGAAAAUACAGAUUUGGUUUAAACGCUGACCGGUGGUUCUAUUUGUCCAUAGUAAUAGAAUUUGUCUCUGAGGGAAAUGGUCUGAGAGCAUCCUGACUCAACAAGGUCGUAGAUAAGAUGCAUCAAGAAUUAUUUCUUUUUUUACCAUAGAAGACUCUUUGUAAGUAUUUCUGUUUGACGUUUGAUGGCUGUUUUUCUAUGUAACCGUCGAGGACUUGAUUAAAAUGUUUUGCCAUGAAUGCAAUCUGUCUACAUUCUUAUUUAGU